AGACGACUGGCAAAUUGAUGUCGGCCAAUAAAAUGGAAAUAAAAAGGAUAUAUAUUUGAUAUAUUCGGGCGCUUCAACCUUCCCGAUCACGAUAUCCGUUUGCUCUUCGACAAGUUUCGUUUCGUUUCGCCUCGCCUCUCCGAUUCAAAAGGUUUGAUCUUCGAAUUUCAAGAUGCCUGCCACAGCGGGAAGGGUUCGCAUGCCCGCGAACAAUCGGGUACACAGUAGUGCCGCCCUUCAAACCCACGGUAUAUGGCAGAGUGCAAUUGGGUAUGACCCCUAUGCACCCAAUAAAGAUGACACCAAGAGCUCUGCGCAGCCCGAUGUGUCGAACGCUGAUCCGGAUGGUGAGAAUGCAUAUGCGAGUUUCCAGGGCCUCCUUGCGCUUGCCCGUAUAACUGGGUCCAGCGCCGAUGAGACUCGUGGGUCGUGCAGCAGGUGCGGCCGUGUUGGACACCUCAAGUUUCAGUGCAGGAACUUUCUGAGUGUUAAGGAAGAUAAAGAGAGAGAGCCGGAAGGGAUUCAGGGUGAUGUUGCAUCAGAGUUGGCUAGGUUGAAGGGGAAGAUCGGUAGGACGAGUGGGAAAAAUGUGGAUGAGAGUGAGGAGAGUGAGGAUGAGGAUGAAGACAGUGAGAGCGAGGAUUCGGAUUAUGAUUCAGAGAUCGAGAAGAUCAUUGCUCAAAAAAAUGGGAUAAAGGUUAGUAAAAAGAAGUCGAAAAAGAAGAAUGAUGACACAGACGAUGAUGAGUCAGAUUCAGAUUCUGGGAAGAGGAAGAAGAGAGGAAGGUCGAAAAAGAGGAGGAGCAGCAAGAGGAAAUAUGAUGAUGAUUCAGAUGAGUCAGAUGAAGGUAGGAAGAGAAAAAGGAAGGAGAAGCGGAGGAAGAGGGAUGAGUCCUCAGAUGAGGAUGGCGAGCGUCGGCAGCGGCAUAGGAAAAGUAGGAAGGAGAAGAGGAGGAGGAGAAGUCAUCGGCAUUCAGAUGAUUCUGAAUCUGAUUCGUCUGAUGAUUCUCGUAGACACCAUCGGAGGAGCAGGAAGGCAGCAACACCAUCUGAUUCUGACGAUGAUUCACGGGUAGGUAGGGGCAGGAAGCGAUCUGAGAAGAAGAGCUUGAAACGCCGUCACAGGGAUGAUGAGUAAAUCUUCCUACGAAUGGAGUGUACACCAGCAAGUCACUGACUAUCUUAUGUAGUUUGCAACAAUAUGCUUUUGCAACCUUUGUAUUGCUUCUGUUAAUUUGCUUGGACAAGCUUCCGUUGCGUUUGGAUCUUUUGCUUUGUGAGAUGAAACUACUAGGCCGCUGAUUCAGAAGUUUGAAUUUCUGGUAAUGUGUAUUUAAUCUUGUGUCUUUUUCUGUUAAGAAUUUACAUUUCAUACCGUCAA